AUGGAUAACAGAUUAGUUACGCAGUCCGAUUACGAAUUCGAGGAUCUCGAGUCGCGCCGUUUUGACGACGGCUACAGCCAGAGCGCCGACGUCAGCGAGUCCGAGAGCUCCACCUCGAGUGGCGCCACCUUCUCCUCCCACCGCAGGCUGGAGUCAGCCGGCACGGCGUCUUCCCCGUUGGGUAUAGCAUCCAGCUCCGACAGCUUGCCGCCGCCGCCGAUUAUGCUGCCGGUUGUUGCGGGCAGACACGUCGUCUUCCCGGGAGAGAAGCUGGACCGAGAUAUGCCCGAGCCGCCUGAGCUGACCGAAGCUGAAAUGAUGAAAGAACGAUUUGCGAAAUUACUGCUGGGAGAGGACAUGUCCGGUGGAGGCAAGGGAGUAAGCACUGCACUCGCAAUCUCCAACGCGAUCACCAAUCUUGCAGCCAGCGUCUUUGGAGACCUCUGGAAGCUGGAGCCGUUAUCCCCACCGAAAAGAUCCAUGUGGCAUCGUGAGAUGGAGUGGCUCCUGUGCGUGAGCGACUCCAUAGUCGAGCUCGUUCCAUCUGUGCAAGACUUCCGAGGCGGCUCGAGCUUUGAGAUCAUGGUGACCCGGCAGAGAUCAGACCUGUACACGAAUCUCCCGGCUCUCAAGAAACUCGACGGGAUGCUGAUGAGCAUCUUGGAAGGGUUCCGGGACUCUGAGUUUUAUUAUGUCGACCGAAGCGUAGUCGUUUCCAGUGGGGACCAUGCCGAGGCAUAUCUUCCGUGUUCGCCGUCUUCAGCAGGGCGGCCUUCAGCGGCCCUGGAGGAGAAGUGGUGGUUGCCGUUCCCGAAGGUCCCAGCAAGAGGCUUGUCGGAGAAGACAAGAAAGCAUCUGCGGCAGUGCAGGGAGUGCACGCAACAGAUUUUCAAGGCGGCAGUGACCAUCAACAACGGGGUGCUCUCGGAGAUGGAGGUGCCACAGGUUUACUUAGACAGCUUGCCCAAGAGUGAGAAGGCUUGUUUAGGUGAUGUCCUUCAUCGCUACAUAACUGCUGAUCAGUUCUCCCCUGACUGUCUUCUCGAUUACCUGGACCUGUCGUCCGAAUACAGUACUUUGGAAAUAACAAAUAGGAUCGAAAGUGCCCUGCACUUCUGGAGAUCAAAAUAUAAAAAGAAGAAACCGUGUCACUCGAGAUCGGCUUCAUUUUGGGAAACCACUGUGAAGGGCUUUGUUAGCGAUUCUGAAAAGAGUAAACUCUAUGCAAAUCGAGCUGAAACCCUCCUGAAGAACUUAAAGUUGCACUUUCCUGGCCUUCCUCAGACCUCUCUGGAUAUGAACAAGAUUCAGUAUAACAAGGAUGUGGGGCAGUCGAUCCUCGAGAGCUACUCAAGGGUUCUUGAGAGCUUAGCUUUCAACUUAACUGCAAGAAUCGACGAUCUUCUAUACGUAGACGAUGCAACCAAGCAACGGGCAAUGGCGGAGUCCAUCUCGUCCAUGCUCAGCAACCACCAGAUAAGGAGAUCAACAACGAGCCUUCAUGAUCCGCGCAAUCUAUGUCUUCCUGGCUCGCCAUCUAGCCAGAGCUCGUACUCGUCCUCAUCACCACCGCCUUCCCCUUUCCGUUGCUUGGUCCCAGUUACUCAACGGCCUAAGAGGCUAUGCCGUUCGGUGAGCCAGUCUGCCUCUUGUGCCCCGCUGGAUGUAGAACUGGAAAAUCUUGCAUUGAGAUGA